GGCACGACACCGCACACACUCACCCUCUUCACUCAGCGAUUGGAUUCAAAUGGUUGAUACUAAAAACCGCUAACUACAGUUGGAGCUAGUAAUAAAAUGGACUAAUAUUACAGCAGUGAUCCGUAUGAAUAAGGGAGAAGACGCUAUCGGAACAGUAAUAAUUCGUGUGGAAUAAAAUCUGUUGACUUUAACUGGUUUUUAUGAACACCCCCUAAUCUCCUUAGAAUCUUACGAUGCCUGAGGUAAGGGACCUGUCUGAUGCCCUACCAGAGAUGCCCAUGGAUCCCAUUACUGGUGUAGGUGUUGUUGCCUCAAGAAACAGAGCACCCACUGGCUAUGAUGUGGUUGCUCAAACCACAGAUGGAAUGGAUGCCGACUUGUGGAAAGAUGGCCUGUUCAAAUCUAAAGUGACACGCUAUCUCUGCUUCACAAGGGUUUUUUCCAAGGAAAAUAGUCAUUUAGGAAACGUGCUGGUAGACAUGAAACUGAUUGACAUUAAAGACACACUACCUGUGGGUUUCAUCCCAAUUCAAGAGACUGUGGACACACAGGAGCCAGCAUUCAGGAAAAGGAGGCUGUGCAUUAAGUUCAUCCCAAGGGACUCCACUGAAGCUGCUAUCUGUGACAUUCGCAUCCUGGGGCGCUCCAAGCAGGCCCCACCACAGUAUACCUUCAUAGGGGAGCUGAAUAACAUGGGGAUUUGGUACCGAAUGGGAAAGGUGCCUCGGACUCAGGACUCAUCUCCCAUACAAAACAACUCUUCCUCUACAACCACCACCAACAACAUUCAAACAGUCACUAACAACUCUACUCCAGCACCUGUGAUGCCCAAACACAUAUCCAUGACCCUGCCUGCCAGCUUUAGAAAGAGUACCACUAGACCUGACUAUGAACACCAGAACUCCAACUUGUAUGCCAUCUCAGCUAUGGAUGGAGUGCCUUUCAUGAUCUCUGAGAAGUUUGCAUGUGCCUCCAGUGAUUUGCAGCAGGUGGACCUGAUGGGCAUAAGGAUCAAAUCCCUUGCAGAGAUUGAAAAAGAGUACGAGUAUAGUUUCCGUACAGAGCACAGUGCUGCUGCCCGCUUACCACCUAGUCCCACCAGGACUUCUCUGAGUUCUGAGGCCUAAGAUACAUGGAACAGGAGAGAGGGAACGAGCACUGGCCUACAGUGGAGGACACUGCCUCUUUCUUACUUAAACAAUAUCCCCCACACACAACAUUUUUGUUAGAGGUAAAAUAUUAGGCAGAGAGUGAAAGAUGACUUUGGGAUGCUCCUCUCAACUCUUGCUAGGCAACUCUGUCUUAUCAGAAAUAUUUGAGACAAAGUGCCACUCAGGAUUUGCCUGCUAUUACUGGUUGAAGUGUUGAGCUUGGAAGCACUGGAUGCAUUCUCAAGAGUCCAGUAGUUUAAUUACAGAGGUUGGUCAAACAAAACAGGAUUUAAUUGUGCAUGGAAUGGAAGGACUAUUUUACUGUGCGGACCCCCCCCCCCCCC